CCUGUCUUGAGACUGUAACUAGUAGUUCGUUAUGGGAUUUAUAACUUUAUUAUUAAGAUUUGUUUGAUCGGGCAACGUCAUAUACUUCACACCAGGAAUGUCGGUGAAUCGCUGUGCUUACUUGUUGUCGCGUGUACAUAUACGGUGUAGGGUAUGCUCCCUGUCCAGUUACCUCAGUGCUGCUGCUGUAAACAGUAAUUCAGGGACUCGGUAUUUUUCUGGAGAUAUUUUAACAAGUGCUUCGCCCUCUCGAAGACAUGCGUCUUCGAACAGCUCAUCACGACCACCUGACACUUCGCUCUUUGUCCCUAUUUCCAUCAAAACCGAUUAUGAUGGAGACGGGUCUGUUGGAGCCGAGCUGACGCAACCACUUGAUAAAAGUGAACUUCUUAAAGUGUUGAAUAGAUUCUACAAAAGGAAAGAAAUGCAAAAGUUAGCUGCUGAUCAGGGUCUGGAUGCUCGUCUUUUUCAUCAGGCCUUCAUCAGUUUUCGGAAGUACGUGCUGGAGUCCGCCACUCUCAGUGCUGAUCUACACAUUGUCCUUAAUGACAUCUGCUGUGGUGCAGGACACAUAGAUGACAUCUUCCCAUAUUUCAUCAGACAUGCCAAACAGAUCUUUCCUAUGUUGGACUGCAUGGAUGACUUACGUAAGAUCAGCGACCUGCGUGUUCCAGCAAACUGGUAUCCUGAGGCGAGAGCUAUACAGAGAAAGAUUAUCUUCCACGCUGGGCCCACAAACAGCGGCAAAACCUAUCACGCUAUUCAGAGAUACCUGUCAGCCAAGUCUGGGGUCUACUGUGGCCCUCUGAAGUUACUGGCACAUGAGAUCUUUGAGAAAAGCAACACUGCAGGUGUCCCAUGUGAUUUGGUGACAGGAGAGGAGAGAACGUUUGUGGAUCCAGAGGGAAAGCAGGCAGGGCAUGUGGCCUGUACCAUCGAGAUGUGCAGUGUCACAACCCCGUAUGAAGUGGCUGUUAUCGAUGAGAUCCAGAUGAUCAGGGACCCGUCCAGAGGAUGGGCCUGGACCAGAGCUCUGCUGGGUCUGUGUGCUGAAGAGAUCCACAUGUGUGGAGAAGCUGCAGCCGUUAACUUCGUCACUGAGCUGAUGUACACCACUGGGGAAGAGGUGGAGGUUCGUAACUAUAAGCGGCUGACUCCGUUCUCCGUGUCAGACCGUGCAGUGGAGUCCUUGGAUAACCUCCAGCCUGGGGACUGUGUCGUAUGUUUCAGUAAGAACGAUAUCUACUCAGUGAGUCGUCAGAUUGAGGCCCGCGGUCUGGAGUGUGCCGUCAUCUACGGCAGCCUGCCCCCAGGGACCAAAUUAGCUCAGGCCAAGAAGUUCAACGACCCAGAGGACCCCUGUAAGAUCCUGGUUGCCACGGAUGCAAUUGGAAUGGGCCUGAACCUGAGCAUUCGCCGGAUCAUCUUUAACUCCCUGGUGAAGCCCAGCAUGAAUGAGAAGGGAGAGAAAGAGCUGGACACCAUCUCCACCUCACAGGCCCUGCAGAUUGCCGGGCGGGCGGGCCGCUUCAGCUCUGUGUUUAAAGAGGGCGAGGUGACCACCAUGCACCACAAUGACCUUCCCGUCCUCAAAGAGAUCCUAGGCAGGCCCGUGGACCCCAUCGAGACAGCGGGAUUGCACCCAACAGCAGAACAAAUUGAGAUGUUUGCGUAUCACCUUCCUGAAGCCACUCUCUCAAAUCUGAUCGAUAUAUUUGUGAGUCUGUCCCAAGUGGAUGGCCUAUACUUUGUGUGUAACAUCGAUGACUUCAAGUUUCUGGCCGACAUGAUUCAGCACAUUCCUCUGAACCUGCGCUCGCGCUAUGUAUUCUGCACCGCCCCCAUCAACAAGAAACAGCCUUUUGUCUGCACAUCUUUCCUCAAGUUUGCCAGACAGUUCAGCAGAGACGAGCCGCUGACCUUUGACUGGGUGUGUCGCCACAUCAGUUGGCCCCUUGUUCCACCAAAGAACAUCAAAGAUCUGGUUCACCUGGAGGCAGUUCAUGAUGUUUUGGACCUCUACCUUUGGCUUAGCUAUCGUUUCAUGGACAUGUUUCCGGACGCCAGUCUGGUCCGAGAGAUCCAACAGGAGCUGGACUGGAUCAUCCAGGUCGGCGUGCGUAACAUUACGCGACUCAUCCGGGCCACAGAGGCGCAGGCCGCCUCCCCCUCAGGGAGGUCUGAGGUUUUGUCCAAGCUUGCCAGCUCUGUUCUCCAAGGCCCUGCACCUCCUCAGAGAAGGGGGAGAGGCUCAAAGAGCCAGACUCCUCAUGAGGAGGCCAGCAGAGUGGACACGUCACUGACCUCCAGGCUGGUGCAGGAGGGACUGCUGACCUCUGACCUUGUACAACAGCUACAGCGAGAAUGGGCGAAAGAGCAGAAACAGAAAGGCAACAAUGUGACUGCAGGAAGUACAAAGAAAGGGAUGAAAAAGAAAAAGAAAUGAGUGGACUUUUCUGUCUCAUAGAGGGUUUUACUGAGUGAGCCACCCUCAGGUUGAAUCCUAUAGGUGGUGACUGUGUAGUCCGUGGCUUUACUAUCUGUAUCAGUGCCCCAAGAAGCCAAAGUUACAAAAAUAUUCAUAAAUAAAAUAUUACAAAUGGGGACAUGUGUUGGACAGGAGCAAGUUACAAAUACUUGCCUAGAAGUUCUUUCAGAACAACUGAGUGAACCAAGAGAAUUCUCCCUCUUCCAACUGAAACUAAACUUAUAACUCAUCCGUAUUUACCAGUCAAAGGGUUCCAUCAUUUCAUCCAGGUCGACAUUUGGAAUCAACAGAGAGGACAGAAGGAAAACGUAUAUACCAUAUAGGAAAUACAGAAGGAAUACAUAUAAACCACCUGUUUCUGUAAAAUAAACUGAAGUCAGGGUUAACACUGAUUCAGUUCCUGUGCAAUGUGAAAAAAAUGUAGUUUGUGUUUUUCAGACAGUUAAUCACUGAGAUCCAGCCAAGUGACAGGGCAGCCUAAUAUGUUUUCUAGAAACUUCCACACGUGUUGGAAUGGAACUGCCGCCUUUUCAAAUGGACAUUAGUUGACAACUGUGACAUUGCUCUGUGGCCACAUUCAGUCUGCUAGUCUGUUUGACAAACUCUGUUUUUAUCAUGCCAUGAAAGUUUGAGGGACUCUUGCUGUCUGCUGAUCCUUGUGAAUCUUUCUGCUGGCCCCGAGGUGCUGCUGGGCAUGGUCUGCUGAGCAGUGUUUGACAGAAAACUGACAGUUGGUUUGUUCUUAAAGUUCACUAAACCAGUCCUCAUAAUACAGUGUCCAGCUCUGGCUGGGAUUCAUGGAAAACUCCUGGUGUCAAAAUAUGGAAAUAAAUAUUGAAGAGUUACCUAA